AUGCAUACUAUGAUUGGAUUUGUUGCUGCUUUGUCAUGCGGUGCCACAGCAAGUUAUUUCUUGGGCAGUCGAAUGAAAAGGGGAGCUGACUAUUUGAACAGUAUUACCCGUGUGAUCCACUUACGACAGUUGGAAGAUUUGCUUACAGAGAAACCUAGGGGUCUCCUUGUUGUGGUAUCCGGAAGCGUUGCAUCUGCAGCGCCCUUUGUCUGCAAAGACAAUGACAUUCUUCAGGCUGAACUGCAUUUAAAGAUCAAGGUGGAAGAUGGUGGUUUCAUAGACAAGACUAUAAGUUAUCUGUUACAACGAAAGGAGACUCCUUGGCAUCUGGAAGACAGUACUGGUCGGGUGAAUAUAGUGGGAGCUCAAGAUGCUCUAGGAUUUGAUGCUACUCUACAAAAGUAUCGGCUCGAUAGGCCAGCAGCUGAAAUUUUGGACAGCCUUGCUAAACCCGAAGGCGCUAUGGUCUCUGCACAUAGUCUCUAUGGGCGUGCACUUAAUGUUGGUACCUUCUUGACUUUUGUUGGCGAGGCUGUUAGAGACAAAGCUGGAAAUCUCAUGAUUCGAAAACCAAAAGAAGAGUCUUUUAUGGUCUUCAGUGGAGAAGGCUCAUUCGAUAAAAUGGUUAACUAUAUCAAGUCAGAAUCAGAACAUCAUCUUUUGUUCUACAAGAUCUCCGCAACUAUAGCUGUGGCUCUGGCCGUCAUGUACGGUGUGGACUUGAUAAUGGGCUUAUGUGUGGGUUCAGAAUCAGACAGCGAGGAAAACCAUCGGGAAGAAGAAGAAUGAGAGUUGUUUAUAGGAUCAGACAACAUUCUACUGUUUGUUUUUCCAAACAUAUUGGAAUGUUUUAUUUACCAAGCAAAGUUGUAAAAAUUCCAUAGCGUAUGAGUUAAAUAAGAGCAGAGAUGACGAAACCUAAA